UAUGAUGCGCGGACUGAUCGUGUACGAGAUACUCAACGAUAUAUGAAAUCGAUUAUCGAUAAUAUGGAAGAAUAAAUUUCUGAGAUAUAUUUCUAAUAAUCACAUAUAUAUACAAAGUUAUUUCAAAACCUCGGAGUAUUAUUAGUUGAUUCUGCAGUGUUAGAGUAUUUCUGAGCAACGGUACAAAUUUACAUAGUGUAAGUUUUAACUAAUUUCCAAUGUAUAGAAAAAAUGAACAGAAGAAUUAAUCUCAGCUAUUCUCGACAUGUUCAGAGUACUCAGAGUCAAAGACCUAGAUCGAUUUGUGGAAACGUGCAAACCCGGUAUCGGUUUGCUCACGAGCGUGCACUAGGACAUAAUUAAACAAAUUAAAAUUUUACCAGUUAUAUAUUAAAAAUGAUAGACUUCCGAAACGAUAACGCAACGAACAACACCUCAAAGUAUGGUAAUUUAAAUAUACCAGUUACAUCCCAACAAGGAUUGGCACCACUUAGUCCUUACUUAAAUUUUGAUCCUGCGCACCUUCCUCCAAGCCAGCCAGAAUACAUAUUUCCAGAAGGUGCAGCGAAACAAAGAGGUCGCUUUGAGUUAGCUUUUAGUCAGAUUGGUGCAGCAUGCAUAAUAGGAGCUGGUAUUGGUGGUGCAACUGGUUUAUACAGAGGCAUGAAAGCGACAGCUUUAGCUGGUCAAACUGGCAAACUCAGAAGGACUCAAUUAAUUAAUCAUGUUAUGAAAAGCGGUUCUGCGUUAGCAAAUACAUUUGGGAUAGUAUCCGUAAUGUAUAGUGGGUUUGGUGUACUUUUAUCUUGGGCCAGAGGAACAGAUGACUCUGUGAAUACUCUAAUAGCAGCAACAGGAACAGGCAUAUUGUUUAAAUCCACAACUGGUCUAAGAAAGUGCGCAUUAGGUGGUUGCGUAGGACUAGGAAUAGCAUCACUAUACUGUUUAUGGAAUAAUCGUGAUGCCUUACUUGAAAUGAAACGUCGUAACGUUAAUGCAGCAUAGGAAUAUAUGAAAAUGAAAUCUAUAGGAAAUUUCAAGGUAGCAAUUUACAACGAACCCGACAUGUUUUUGUUAUACAAAAUACCUAGUUAGAAAAUUGUUUAGAAUAAAGGAUUUAUCGAAAUAAGA